UUCCGUUUAUACGAAUCUAAAAGCAGCGACCUCAUCCCUCCACCCUCGCCGUAACAGCACAGACAAGCCCUAGGGUUUUAGCACUGCUCGAGCGCGCGGCCGGCGACGCAGACACACUUUCCGGCCAUGUCGGCGGCGGCGGCAGCUGCGGACACGUACUCCCCGGCCGCGGAGGCUGGGAGCAAGCGCCGGGAGAGGAGGGAGGAGCUGCGGCGCCACCUCGCCGAGGACGCCGAUUGGCCCCGCGCCGACGGCCGCUCCUUGCACGACUGCCGCCCCGCAUUUAUGCAAACAGGGCCAACUACUGCUGCAUCAGGGUCUGCUUAUGCAGAAUUUGGGAAGACAAAGGUCAUUGUGUCAGUGUUUGGCCCAAGGGAGAGCAAGAAAGCAAUGCUGUACAGUGACACUGGUAGGCUCAAUUGCAGUGUGAGCUAUACAACAUUUGCCACUGGUAUACGUGGACAGGGGCUGGAAAACAAGGAGUACUCUGGAAUGCUUCACAAAGCCCUGGAAGGCGCAGUAAUGCUACAUACUUUUCCGAAGACAACUGUUGAUGUUUUUGCGUUGGUUCUUGAGUCUGGUGGCAGCGAUCUUCCCAUUAUAAUAUCUUGUGCUAGUCUUGCACUGGCAGAUGCUGGGAUUAUGAUGUAUGACCUUGUUACAUCAGUAUCCGUGUCCUGUUUAGGGAAGAACGUUCUCAUCGAUCCAACCUCAGACGAGGAGGCAUGGCAAGACGGAGGCCUUAUGGUAUCUUACAUGCCGGCCCGCAAGGAGAUUACACAACUUACGCUGACUGGGGAGUGGACUGACGGCAAAAUCACCAAUGCAGUAGAGCUCUGUAUGGAUGCUUGCAGUAAGCUCUGCGAGAUAUUGCGGGAGCGCUUGAAAGACCCUGCGAGCUUGGCGAGCGAAUGACAUUUGAGCAGACACAUGUUUUCAGAAUCACAACAGAUAUCCUUAGCUGUAGAAAUUCUGUAGGCAAGGGAGGCCAGGCCUGAUGUUUGGAGGAGCACAUUUUACAUGGCCGUGGUGAUUGUUUCUUUUGGCAAAAGAGCAAAUUGUUGUUAAGGCAAGAGAAAACGCUUCCUAGGUUUACAUGCCAUGUGUUGUAGAGUACUAUGAAUUCGGAACCUGAGACUUUUCGGAACUUUGUAUUAUUCCAUGGAUUGUUUAUGAUGUCAAAGCUAUUGCCCUA